CUCCGCUGUACAUGGUAUAAGAUCUAGGAGGCUUGCCGGCGAACAAGCGAAACCCAGUGAGAAAUGACAGGUGGAUGUCGGCAGCCAGCCCAAGCCGCGAAGAGAUGAAGACGGGCGAAGCUGAAGCUGGGAGAUGUGGGACCAGCUACCGGAGUUGAUAUUGACGCAUAUAUUUCGUUAUCUGGGCCGCGGAGAUCGCGUCAACGCGGGCCAGGUCUGUCGAUCAUGGAACCAGGCCAUGUCUUCUCCCGUCCUCUGGCGCUCCGUCACCAUCCUCGUCGACCGCGACCUCCGCGGGGACUUCCCUCUAGCUGGGGAACAAGUGGUAAAAUAUGGGCAACACAUGAGAAGUCUGGAAUUAGCCUGGUCGAGGCCUUACAUGUUACCGAGGUCGAGACUCGCGAGAAAUCUCCAAGCCGAGGCCGGCGCGGAGUUCCUGGCGGUACUUCGUCUAAAGGACGUCCAACUUAAGGAGCUCGUCCUUACGGACUGGGUCUUUGGCUGCAAGUGGGGUAACCGAGGAAAACUGUUGUACGUCUUGGCCAAGUUUCUCGGGGGCCAACACAACCUCGAAGUGCUGAGUUUGUUGAAUGCGAAUCUGGGAGUAAGCGACGUCUUGCGAUUGCUGGGAACCGUCGCCAAGUCUUGCGGAGAACACUUGGCUUCCCUGGACCUUCGAGGAGCUUUCAGGGAAUGGCAAGCACCUCACAGUAAUCCGAGGUAUCUACGAUUGCUUGGACGUCUUCACGCACUUACCACUUUGAAGCUCGAUUAUCCAGCUCUCUCCGAUAACGCGCUGAAUGCUCUAGCAAGUGCAUCACCUAAGGUCCUGAGAUCUUUGCACAUCUCUGUACGAGAUUCGGAUUCAAGGCAACACACAGUUGCAGAUACGGCUUGGCGGAAUCUCGCGAUAGCCUGCCCUAACUUAACCGUAUCCUAUACAAUAGUGAACAUCUCGCAUUACGAGGACAUGUGCUACUUGCUGCUACCAAGUGUACCAUUGGCAAGGUUUCAGAUGUUUAGCGGACACGUUUGGGAUCAAAGCAGAUCGCGAAAUUUCCGAAGCACCGUUGGAUUAUUGAUAACACAUUAUACCAAUACAUUAGCGGAGGUCAUGCUGCAAUUGCGGAACAAUCGCGAAUUACUAGACGAUCUAUUGGUAUCCAUGCUGGUGCGAUGCAAACACUUAACGCAAUUGCAAUACGACGGGAUUAUCAGAAGCCUGGACACUCUGAGAGAGAUUUGUCAACUCCAGGCUGACUGCAAAACCUGUUUUAAAACGAUCCACGUGAAACCUCGCAACGUCAAUCCUCAGAAUCGAGCAGUUCUGGACGACAUCACUUAUCAAUUUGAUCGCAAGAUGAUCGAGCAAGGAGUCGAUUUCAGGAUCGAAGAUCCUGCCUCUGUUCUGGUGUUCUACUGAAAUCUAAAUAAACCAACCCCCAACGCUGUCCCACAUUUUCUACAGAUGAUGCUUUACAGCUUCUGACCGCGAAGAAUAAAACA